UGAAUUGAUGUCUAGUCACACAGGACACAGCGUGAAUUUACACUUAAAGAUGAAGAAAACAGCAGCUGUGAACCUCGAUAAACUUAUUCAGGGUUUUAGUCAACUAGAGCAAAAAAUAACAGAGUUAAAGGGGAAGAACAAUAUGCUCGAAAUAAAACUGGACGAGACCAACAGACUUCUAAAAUUCUCUCAGAACAAAGAAAAGCAUUUAACUGAAGAGAAGGAGGGAUUGAUGGCGACACUAAAAAACCUUCAGCAAAACUUACAGCAACAGUGUGAACUCCGAGUUGAGAAUGAGAAACUUAAAAAUGGUAUUUUUGACUUGAGGAAGCAAAACGAAGCACAAGUGGAGGAGACCAAGGUUUCCAUUCAGAAGCUGCAGAACGAUAUGAGAAGCUUGCAGGAACAGCAUAAGAACGACCUGGCAGACUGUGCUAAAGAGACACAGAGGAAAUUGGAGUGCAAAGAUGCUGAAAUGCAGGCGUCACUGGACAGAAAGGAGGACGUGCUGGAGGAGAUGAGGAGGAAAAUAAAGGAGCAGCAGAAAGAAAAGCAAAGUGAGAUCAUAAAGCUACAGAUGGAGUUCAGCGCUAAGCUUGCGAGGGCUCAGAGCAUGUCAGUCAUGACCCAGCAGCAGCCACGGGGCCCGGGGACCGUUCCUCAGAACCUCUAUAAAAGAAAGUUGCAGUUCCUUCAGGAAGAGAAGAAUAAAGAGAUCGAGUCUCUGCGUCUGAGGGUGAAAGAGCUGGAACAGCAGAACCUGCGUGGGUUCUCCGAGACCCGUCUGAAGAGGAAGAAGAUGUAAAGUACUGUUUAUUCAUUUGGGAUCACACACUAUGUGGACAAAAGUAUUGGGACAGCCUUUCUAAUGAUUAAAUUUGUGUGUUAAAACCACAACGAUUGCUAACCGGUGUAGUGAAUCGAUUAUAUGAAGGAAGUCACAUGCUUCCGUCUUUUCCAGUGCAAAGUCCAGUGUCCAUCAAAUUCAUAGUCAGGUGUCCAUAUACUUUUGGCCAUAUGGUGUGCACUGGUUUCUUUUACAUGUUCAGUGUUGUGUUUAUUAGUUUUAUUUAUUUUUUGUUAUUGCAAAAUACAUUUCAGCAGAAAAAAUCUUGUGUUCAGUGUUAUUGUUCUGUGGGUCACUCUAGGUCAAUGGCAAAAAGUCCACUGUUUGUGUCAGUUUGCAUUAUUUUCUUUUAAAUUUGAUUCAUUAAAUGCAUUUUUACCA